AUUUUUUGUCUCAGAUCAUGCAAUACAAGCAAUCUGCUGUAUUCUACUGCAUACCAGUGUUCCUCAAACCAUUGGAUAAUGUCGUUAAUAGAUUGCAAAGCUUGGUUUGUUGAAAUAGGUUUGUCUUCUAUGUUUGACAUAUUACUUGUAACGUGAUCAUCCUCUUCCUGAUCGGAUUCAAGUCUUAUGUCGUUCUCUAAAUGUUUACUGGUUCAUCUUCAUUCCAUUCGCUAAUGUCGUUUGUUUUCAAUACUACUGGCAAUAUGUACACAGAAUUCAGAAUCAUAAUAACACAUGCAUAAAAUAUUUUUUCAACUUAACCUACAUUUGUAUUAAUAUUUUUUAAGAGAUCCAUCAUACGUAUUAUAAGACGUGCGUCGCAGUUUACUAUACCGGGUUUACCGCUGUUCACUGAAUCGCAAAGCAAUGAUAAGAUUUGGGUGUUCACUCUACGGGGUAGUUUACCCGAAGCGGAGUUCACUAAAUCGAGAAUCCACUGUAUCACACAUCCUUCACACAUCAUAGAUUUCCCCGUAUUUUUUGUCUUUAAAACAGAAUGAUCCGCGUACUCCCAUUAUCUAAGCUCACCGCCAGGCGAACCGGUUUGAAUGACUAUCCGUACUGCAGCGCAAAAACAUACACACGGAUAAUGCCAAGAAUGAUCUACAGCUCGCUUCAAAGAUGCCACGCAGAUGUUGAAAGGGAUAAGGUUUCCAGAUGACACUUGACGCAAUUUUUUUAUCAUAAAAUCCAACGUGAAAGGCGUUUUGCUUGAAAAAUGACAGCCUAUUCAUCACCGUAAAAUUCAAGUUAUAAAUGCGGUACCCGAUAAUAUUUAGAAAAAAUGCUAACUUUUAAUUAUAGUAUCUUCCUACGAAACAUAAAAAAAUCUAUUAAUAAACAUCAAUAUGAAUCUAAAAUUAACAUAGUUUCUGAUAGAGUGGUGUUGUAUAUAAACAAAAUCCACAGACCGUAGUAGCAACAUGACAAAAGUCUCUGAAGAAGACAAAAUGGCGGAUAGUGAGGCAGCGGCUGCGAAAGCCAAGGCGAUUGAAGGAGAUUUGUUCGAGUACAAAAAGAAGAAAAGGCAGUCUGUCUUUAGGAGGAAUUUGAAGAACUAUUUUCAUACCUUCAGCGACUACACUGGCAUUCAUGGGAUCAAAUAUAUGGGAGAAUCGGACAGAUCUAUAUUUGAAAGAAUAUGGUGGUUGAUCCUAUUUACCGUAUCCCUGUACGCCUGUAUCUACCUGAUCAUCCAGACCUGGAUAAAAUGGGACACGUCCCCAGUGUUGGUGAGCUUUGCCAGGAGUCCGACGCCCGUUUGGCAAGUGCCGUUUCCCGCUAUCACCGUUUGCCCGGAAAACAAAAGUAGGCAGAGAAAGUACAACUUCACCGAUGCCUAUGACAGAUAUGUGCAUAAUCGAGAAAAUAUGACAGACGAAGAGAUCAAGUUAUUUUCUCACAGCUCUCUCAUAUGUGAUAACCACCUUUAUAAUGACGGGGAACUUACUACAGAUUUCUCGACUAUAGAGUACUUGAUGAGUAUUGCACCACAAUUUGGGGACGUCUUCUUUUCGUGCAAAUGGACCCUUCAGAAUCAGAGCUGUCACAACUUUUUCACCCCCAUGUUAACAGAAGAAGGACUGUGUUUCACGUUCAAUAUGCUGGAUAAAACUGAGUUGCUCAGAAACAAUGUAUUUCUCCAUGACGAAAAUUACAUGUCACACGGGAUGAAGGCAGACGGUUGGACAUUAGAAGAUGGCUACCCGAAGACAACAAGUAAAGACACUUAUCCUAGACGAGCUCUGUCAGCAGGUUUUUCUGCAGGAUUCUUCCUGCUACUAACUGCAUAUGAGCAGGAUUUGGACUAUGUUUGCAAAGGACCUGUACAAGGAUUCAAGAUCCUCCUGCACAACCCAGCGGAAAUCCCCCGAGUAGGCAUGCAAUAUUUUCGCGCUCCUUUAAAUCAAGAGGUGGUGGUAGCUGUCAAACCCGACAUGAUGACAACCUCAGACGGUCUGAGAGGGUACGAUCCCCAUCGCAGGAACUGCUUCUUUCCAAGCGAGCGCCAUCUAGCGUACUACCAGAGCUACACGCAGCAGAACUGUCAAGUGGAGUGUUUGGCCAAUUUCACUUUGGAACGGUGCGGAUGUGUCGCCUAUCAUAUGCCGCAUGAAGAAGGAACAAAGAUUUGCAGUUCUGGAAGUCAAGUGUGCAUGUUUGACGCUCAAAAUGAGCUAUUGAGUAGAGAAGUUGAAGCUGGUAUCUCGAACGUAGACACGCUGACCCACGAAAGGACUACUUCAGACUGUGACUGCCUACCAGCUUGUACCUCGUUGGUCUAUAAUGCCGAAACGUCGCAGGCAGACUUCAAUUGGCAGAAACUGUUUCAAGGGUUCAGAGCCAACUUUAGCGAAUUUCCAGGUGUCCAAUUCACAAGAGUGACACUAUUCUUCAAAGAACAACAGUUCAUCACCUCAGAACGUAACGAGCUUUUUGGCCAGACGGAUUUUCUGGCCAACUGCGGAGGCAUUCUUGGCCUCUUCACCGGAUUUUCAGUGCUGUCAUUGGUGGAAAUAUUGUACUUUUUGACAUUACGACUCAUGUGCAAUGUCAAAAUGUUUGGAAGAAGAAACUGGUCUGGACCUGUUGCAAAUGGUGAUAUUCAGCAUAACGAAUGAAUAUGAAGACGAAAAUUAGGAAGCAAUAUCAUAUCAGGAAUAUAUUUUGUAUGUUGUAAUUUCAGCUUUAGGACAUUAUUUCAGUGUUGCUGUUCAGUUUUAACGUCACUUUUGCAAUAAUUAUGAGAAAUAGUACAAAAAAAACGUUGACAGACCACGAGCGCCCACAUGGGAGCCCCCAGUGGGCCUAAAAAUUUGCAUAUUUAGCAUGAUUUUGUGUAUAAUUUUGACGAUAUCCUCUCGCCCAUGGGGAAAGUUUGCUACCUCCGGUCUUCAAAAAGUUUUGAGAUCAGGUAAACUUUCAGAAAAGGUUAUCUUUUGUCGAUGAUCGGCCACCCGAGAAAAAUUCCUGUAGGCGCUCAUGAAACACUCACCAGAACUUAUGCUUACAACAAUAUACGUGUUGACUGCUGCCUUUAAGUGUUAACAUUGUCACCUUACGAACUCUUGCUAUGAUCAUGGGAUUUCAAGAAAUUUCUUAAGAAUAAUUACGAGAGAGGUUGAGAGGUGAUCAUUCGUUGUUUAAGAAACAACACUUGUCUGUAAAAGGAUUUUGUACCGCAUCUUCAAUAUUAGGGACACAUUAAGAAAACAAGCAACAUUUAGAACUCUCUGUUAUAUUUAUUGAUGCUACUCUGUUUUCAACACAGAUCUGUACUUAAAAUAAAAAUACAUCACGAUUUCCUCAUUUUCUUUGUCCGUUUUUUACGUUUUGUCCCUAUUUCACUUGUAUCUUUCCUUUUACGUUUUCCACCUUUUGUUCUCAUCUCAGCAUCGCUUAUUUCUG